AUGUCGUCUUCGGAAGGGGCCCCGGAGUCCUGGAUCUCCUCGUUUUGCUCCCUGAUGGGUCAUGAGUUCUUUGCGGAAGUGUCGGAGGACUUUAUCGAAGAUGACUUCAACCUGACGGGUCUGCAAUCGCAGGUGCCUAUGUACAAGGAGGCCUUGGAAAUGAUCCUGGACGUGGAACCCGAGGAGGACGAGGAAGAUGAAGAAGAGGAGGAGGAAGAAGAGGAUGAGGACGAGAUUCUAGGAGAUGAAAAGCCGCCAGGAUACCGCAGGGCAGGGGAACGGAGGCAUGCACGAGUCGCGAGUGAUCUGAGCGUCAUCGAGAGCUCUGCUGAAUUGCUUUACGGACUGAUCCAUCAACGCUACAUCACUUCACGGCCCGGUAUCCAGCAGAUGCUUGAGAAGUAUGAGAUGCAACAUUUCGGUGUCUGCCCGCGAGUCUAUUGCAACGGAUGCAAGGUUCUGCCCGUCGGACGUUCCGACACGCCUGGCCAAGAGACGGUCAAAUUGUUCUGCCCUAGUUGCCAAGAUCUCUACACUCCCCCGAACAGUCGGUUCCACUCGGUCGACGGAGCUUUCUUCGGAACUACCUUUGGUUGCCUGUUCUUUAUGACCUUCCCAGACCUCGAUAUCGGACCCCGGCUGGACAGCUCCCUCGCCGCGUUAUCACCGACCCGCUCCUCCUCCUUGACAUCUUCUUCGAUCAACAACCAAGUGGUGCCGGAUGUGCCUCCUCCCAACCAGCCUGUUGAGAUCAACGGCGUGCGUACCGUCAACUUUAGCCCGGGUCUUGGACCGGGUCGGAUCUACGAAUCCCGAAUCUAUGGCUUCCGCGUGUCGGAACGCUCACGCUCAGGACCGCGCAUGAAGUGGCUGCGGAUGAAGCCUCUUGAUGUUCGGGAACUGGAUGAGCUGGCACGGUACGAGGCGCUGCACGGGGAGGCUGAUAAUGCUGAUAAUGAUGGGGACACGGAAAUGGGGAGCGCCCCCGGCAGCGCACAGAGUGCCGCCAUUGCGAAAAGGAAAAAGGCGCCCAUGCGCAGACGGCGAUACAAUCCUAACCAGAUGAGCAUCAAUGGAGCGGAGGCCGGAUAA